CUUCUACCUGAAUCUAACCGAAAAGCUUAGUACUCAGCAUAACAACAAAAAGGCGAAGAGGCGUGCAGCCCAAGCCAGAGCCGCCUGAACCCACCCACCCGGCCACCUCCACCCUGCCUACCAACAGAAAGAGAGAGAUCAUUUUCUCUCUCUAACCACAAAAAUCACCAUUAAAAUCAAUUCUAUGAAAUUCCUACACUUAGGCCCCUCUUUUUGACCCACCGACUGCCGGCUGUAUAGGAUUUCGGGAAGACGAUCGCCUUUUUCGGGUAGGGGUAGGGUUUAAAUUAUUAAUUUCUUCAGAAGCUUCGCGUAGUUUUAAGCGUGAGUUCGAAGGCUGGUUGAGUGAAUGGAACGUGAUGAGGAAGUCUUUUAAGGAUUCGCUCAAAGCUCUGGAAGCUGAUAUUCAGCACGCUAAUACUCUGGCUUCAGAUUACCCAAGAGCAUAUGGGGGUGCUUGCCUUCAAAUGAGGCUCUCAUACAGUCCCUGUGCUCAUAUGUUUAUGUUUCUUGUUCAAUGGGCUGAUUGUAAACUUGCUGGUGCUCUUGGUUUGAUUAGGAUCCUUGUAUUCAAGGCUUAUGAGAAUGGUAAGACAAGUAUGUGUGUCCAUGAAAGAAAAGCUACCAUAAGAGAGUUUUAUGGUGUGAUAUUCCCUUCACUCUUGCAACUUCAAAGGGGAAUCACUGAUGUGGAAGAGAGGAAGCAGAGGGAGAUAUUUGAGAAUAAGUACAGAAAAGGGGAUGAGGGCAAAAAGGGAAAGUUAUCAGAAAUUGAAGUGGAGAGGGAGGAGGAAUGUGGGAUUUGUUUGGAGUUGGAACCCAAAGUUGUGCUGCCCGGAUGCAACCAUGCUUUGUGUAUGAAAUGCUAUAGAAACUGGCGUGCUCGGUCCCAGUCAUGCCCUUUCUGCCGAGAUAGUCUGAAAAGAGUGAAUUCUGGAGACCUUUGGAUAUGCACCAACUCUCAGGAAGUCAUUGAUUUGGCAGCCAUUUCAAAGGAGAAUUUGAAGCGGCUUCUGUUAUACAUCCAAAGCUUGCCUCUCCUUCCGGCAGAUUCAACACUCGUUUCAUAUGAUCCCGCCUGUAUUGCUGGUCUCUCGAUCCGACAUUGGAAAUAUUGGUCAAAGAUUCACAAAAUCAGGAAAAAAUUCAGGGUCAACACUUGGUCGUACAUUGCCGCCAGGCUAUGGAUAUCGCACAUCGCAGCUCCUUCUACCCAACAUAGCCGCUGGACUACACACAUCACACCUACUCAACCUUUCUUCUACGCUAGCAAAACUUCUAAUGAUUUUAUUUGAUUCACUCGACUAUGGGCACUCCUACGCUAUAUCGCAGCUCCUCUCGGUCCCUCCUCUCGCUCCACUGUUUCGCUCAACUGCUCUUUUCUCCUUCUAAGGCUCUUCCUUAAUUUUUGUUCAGAAGGAUCUUAAGAAAGGUUGUAUUAUUCAAUUUGAAGAGUAUAUAAUUGGGUUUAUAAUCCUGUUCAACUUCCAUCCCGUGUAUUCCCAGGCCAGGUAGCUCAAUGUAUAAUAAUUCAGGUGAUGAAUCUUUCAAUGCGUGGAUGUAGAUCAACUUGGAAACAAGGUACCUAAGUGAGUUGAACUCGAUUGUUUCCAAAAAGCUGCUGCAAUCUUGAAGAUAUGUUUGGGCAUUUGGUGAUUAUUAAGAAGAAAACUAGGAUCGACCACUAAUAAUGCAGCCAGAAGACAUGGACUUCUCCUGACAUGGGUUGCUUUCUGUAGUCCUUAGAUAUUGAUUUUAUGAAAUAUGUUAGUAAUAUUGUUAUUAGUAUUCUAGUCAUAUGAAACAUAAUAUUGUUUGAGAAUCUGGAAUAAAAUGUGUAUUACAGGAAAACUUUGUACUUUUGCAAUGCAUGAUUAAUAAUAUAUGGUUAAUGUGAUCGUGUAUGUUAUUAAUUUUGUUUA